AUGGCUUUGACCCAGGAAUGCAUUUUGUCUUUUUUACUGGAUCACGGAGGCAAAGUGAAGAACUCGGAGCUGCUGAACAAUUUCAGGAGUCAGAUCAGCUGCAGUGAUCCCGCGGAAAAGCAGCACAAUAGAGACCUUUUCAAGAAGCUGGUGAACAGCGUCGCUGUGGUCAAACAGAUCGACGAGGUGAAGUUUGUGGUUGUGAAGAAAAGAUAUCAGGAUUUUGUCAAAGACGUUGCGCACGAUGGCUCGCAGAAAACACGCAUGGAUGACAGUUUCUCGGAAAACGAGAGCUUUACGCACACAUCUCCUCCUCCCCAUCGAGACGAUUCAGCCAGGAUGAUUUAUUCUGACAUUGAAAACAAUAACAUGUGCUGCCCCUCUAACAUUAAUGAAAUGUAUUAUAGUGAUGCGGGGAGUAUGCGGGAAAAGAUACACGGCAGUAGUCCGGACACAACCACUGUCAAAGUGCUGAAUAUCUCCGGAGAUCAGGGGAGCAGGACGAGGAAAUCUGGAGCUGUGUUCGCUGUCAUAGCGGUGAAAUCCCCACCGAAAAACUCUGCACCAGCAACACCGGCUGGAUUACAUUCCCAAGUGCAUCACAAUACAACUUCAGCCAAACCAAUCACGGUGGAAACUAAAGUUUCUAAACCACCAGUGUCAUCUCCAAACUUUACAGCUUGCAAGAAGGGUGCACUAAGUGACUCCCAGAGUUGGAAAAACAGACAAGCAGAGGACAUGCAACCCCCAGCACUUGCCCAGGUGAGGCCCCAAAACAAAAGCACAAGACAAGGAGAUGAUGCCAAGUAUUCAGAGUCAGUGCCUCUGGAGCCUUUAGCUCAUGAGUGGUUGGUGAAGUGUGCUGCAGGUCUGUGGGGACAAAUCUACGGUUUGCUGCUGCAGGACACACGUUUAGCACUGAAGAAAGACUUCAUGUCAGGAUUCACGGCACUGCACUGGGCUGCCAAGGAGGGCAACAGUGAGAUGAUACACAAGCUCAUGGAUAUCUCCAGGGAAAAAGGCACUUGUGUUAAUGUCAACAGCAAAGCACAUGGAGGAUACACACCUUUACACAUUGCAGCAAUACACGGCCACACUGAGGUGAUGGUGCUGCUGGUGGAAAGCUAUGGAGCCAAUGUAAAUGAAAGAGAUAACGACGGCAGGAAGGCCUUCCACUAUCUGGACGAAGAUGCGCCGGCGGAGGUCAGGGCACUUCUGGGAGGACUGCAGGAGAGCAGGGAGAAGACAGAGGCUGGGGAAUACAGAGAGCACUCCAAAGGCUUCAACACCAUCAGUAAACUGUUGCCUCACAUCGGGAAGAAGCAAAAGACGGCAACUAAGUGUGCUCAUGACUGCUGA